AUGGCCACCAGCCACACUUGUCUGGCUUCUGGGAUGGUCUCCUUAUUAGUCCAUUUUGAGUGGACCUGGGUCAGUAUUUUAGUGCCAGAUGAUGCAAAAGGUGAGCAGUUUCUUUGGGACCUUCGAAGAGAAAUGGCCGUCAAAGGUGUCUGCAUGGCACUUAUGGAAAAGCUUCCUGUGACAAAGGAAAUGAACAAGCCAGAAGAUUGGAUCUUCAUUCUCAGAAUCUUAGACUCAUCUGCAAAUGUGGUCAUUGUUUAUGGUGACAGAAGUACGUCCACGGCCCUGUUCUUUGCAGGAGGCUAUCACUUAACAAGGCACAAGCUGUGGAUCACUACAUCCCAAAGGGAAGAGAUUGGCUUAUCACUUAACCUCUUCCUAAAUACUUUCCACGGGUCCCUUGUGUUUAUACACCAGAGUUCAGAGAUACCUGGUUUGAAGCAUUUUUUAAGAACAGUGAAUCCUUCCAAGUACCCUGAAGAUAUCUUCCUUAGCAAACUUUGGGCCAACCAUUUCAAUUGCUGCUUUGCAGGCACUUUCUGUGGGGAAAAUCCUGAGUGCCCACCCAAUGCCUCCUUGGCAUCUCUUCCUAAGCCCUUUAUGGACAUGGCAAGGAUGAAAUCCAUCCAGUAUCUCUACAACAGUGUACACCUGGUGGCCCGAGCCCUCCAUGAAAUGAUUGUUAUGGGAGGAGAAGAAACAGGGUCCCUUCGAGAUGCCAGAUUCCCUGUGUGGCUGCUCCACCCAUUCCUAAAACACACGCAACUGGAAAACAGCGUCGGAGAACGUGUUUCGCUGGAUGAAAACAGACUUGAGAUGUCACGAUAUGACAUUUUAAAUUAUUUGAACUUUCCUGAAGGGUUUGAACUUCACGUGAAAGUAGGAGAGCUCGUUUCCCAGGGCCUCCAUGGCCACAGUUUGACGAUUUGGAAGAAGCUGAUAGAAUGGCCUAUUGGAUUCGAAGAGACUCCCCACUCGGUGUGUAGCAAGAGCUGUGGCCUGGGAUUCAUGAAAAUUCCUCAGGAAGGGCAGCCUUCCUGCUGUUUCCAUUGUAUUUUGUGUCCAGAAAGAGGAAUAACUAAUGAAACAGAUAGCGAUCAAUGUAAGGAGUGUCCCCAGAGUGAGUAUCCCAACAUGGAGAGGAACCGCUGCCUACCCAAAACUGUGACCUUCCUGGCUUAUCAAGACCCCCUGGGGAUGGCUCUGGCCUGCACAGCUCUGUGCUUCUCUGUCAUCACUGCCAUGGUUUUGUGGGUCUUUGUGAAGUACCGAGACUCUGCCAUGGUCAAGGCCAACAACCGCACCCUCAGCUAUGUCCUCCUCCUCUCCCUCCUCUUUUGCUUCCUCUGCUCCUUACUCUUCAUCGGCCGUCCAAACACAGUCACCUGCGUCCUCAGCAAUAUCUCCUUCGCAGUCAUAUUCACUGUGGCUGUUUCCACUGUUUUGGCCAAAACCAUCACUGUGAUUCUGGCCUUCAUGAUCUUGAGACCGGGGAGAAUUAUGAGGCAGUUGCUGGUGUCUGGGGUUGUGAACUCGGUGGUUCCCAUCUGUUCCCUUAUCCAAUUGAUUAUUUGUGGCAUCUGGCUGGGAACCUCUCCCCCUUUCAUUGACAUAGACUCAUCCUCUGAACCCAGGAGCAUCAUCGUUGAGUGCAACAAGGGCUCUGUCUCUGCCUUCUACUGCGUCCUGGGAUACCUGGGCUUCCUGGCCCUGGGAGCCUUUUCCUUGGCUUAUCUGGCCAGAAACCUGCCUGACACCUUCAAUGAGGCCAAGUUCCUGACCUUCAGCAUGCUGGUGUUCUGCAGUGUCUGGGUGACCUUCCUCCCUGUCUACCACAGCACUCAGGGCAAUGUCAUGGUGGCUGUGGAGAUCUUCUCCAUCUUGGCCUCCAGUGUGGGGCUUCUAGGCUGCAUCUUUGCCCCAAAGUGCUAUGCCAUCUUCCUAAGGCCAGAUGGAAACACAUCAAAGGGGUUAAAAGGUAAAGCAUAUUUCAGGCGGAAAUGA